GAUCUCCGAAGGAGAAAAACGCAACCCGGAAGUGACGUCCUUAUCUCGCGCCCGCGGUGAGAGGGUUAGAAGAUGGCGGCGCGCAAGGGUAGGCGGCGCACGUGUGAAACCGGGGAACCCAUGGAGGCCGAGUCCAGCGACGCAGGGACCGAAGGCCCGGCCCAGGUCUACCUGCCCGGCCGCGGACCACCGCUGCGCGAAGGAGAGGAGCUGGUCAUGGACGAGGAGGCCUACGUGCUGUACCACCGAGCGCAGACUGGAGCCCCCUGUCUUAGCUUCGACAUAGUCCGGGAUCACCUGGGAGACAACCGGACAGAGCUUCCUCUUACACUUUACCUGUGUGCUGGGACCCAGGCGGAGAGCGCCCAGAGCAACAGACUGAUGAUGCUUCGGAUGCAUAAUCUGCAUGGGACAAAGCCCCCGCCAUCGGAGGGCAGCGAUGAGGAGGAGGAGGAAGAUGAAGAGGAUGAAGAAGAGCGGAAGCCUCAGCUGGAGCUCGCUAUGGUGCCCCACUAUGGCGGCAUCAACCGAGUCCGGGUAUCAUGGCUGGGUGAGGAGCCGGUGGCUGGUAUAUGGUCAGAGAAGGGCCAGGUGGAGGUGUUUGCACUGCGGCGGCUUCUGCAGGUGGUGGAUGACCCCCAGGCCUUGGCGACCUUCCUCCGGGACGAGCAGGCCCGUGUGAAGCCCAUCUUCGCUUUCGCAGGCCACAUGGGCGAGGGUUUUGCACUGGACUGGUCCCCCCGGGUGUCUGGGCGACUGCUGACUGGUGACUGUCAGAAGAACAUCCACCUCUGGACGCCCACGGACGGCGGCUCCUGGCACGUGGACCAGCGGCCAUUUGUGGGCCACACACGCUCUGUGGAGGACCUGCAGUGGUCCCCAACUGAGGACACAGUGUUCGCCUCCUGCUCAGCUGAUGCCUCCAUUCGCAUCUGGGACAUCCGGGCCGCGCCCAGCAAGGCCUGCAUGCUCACCGCCGCCGCCGCCCACGAUGGGGAUGUCAACGUGAUCAGCUGGAGCCGCCGGGAACCCUUCCUGCUCAGCGGCGGGGACGACGGGGCCCUCAAGAUCUGGGACCUGCGGCAGUUCAAGUCUGGCUCCCCGGUGGCCACCUUCAAGCAGCACGUGGCCCCCGUGACCUCGGUCGAGUGGCAUCCCCAGGAUAGCGGGGUCUUCGCGGCCUCGGGUGCAGACAACCAGAUCACACAGUGGGACCUGGCCGUGGAGCGUGACCCCGAGGCAGGCGACGCGGAGACCGCGGACCCCGGGCUGGCGGACCUCCCCCAGCAGCUCCUGUUUGUGCAUCAGGGCGAGACAGACCUGAAGGAGCUGCAUUGGCACCCACAGUGCCCCGGGCUCCUCGUCAGCACCGCCCUGUCGGGCUUCACCGUCUUCCGCACCAUCAGCGUCUGACCAGCCCCACCUGGCCUUUCCCCUGGCCACCGAGGUUGGCGUUGGUUCCGCCGGGAGGGACUCCUUCAGGUCAGCUGACCAGCCCUCCUCCGAUAGAAGGACUUGGCCUGUCAGCCGCCAUGACGGAUUGUUUGACAUUUUGUUCUUUGAAAGGACUUGAUUUGGUCCCAUGACCCCUCUUGCCAAACGAUCUGGUUUGACCCAUGACUGUAGAACUACUUGGUUCAGUCCGGGGAGCCUUCCAACCACAGGGCUCGGUUUGGCACCGGGGACCCCUCCUGCAGAAAGACUUGGUUUGGCCCAGGCUGCCCCCCCGCCCCCGCCACCUGUUUGAGGACCUGCUGGCCUGUUUCCCAGUGUCACUGUGGAUGUUUUGUGCGCUCUGGCACCUGGCUUGACCCUUUGACCUCUCCAUCCCAGGACCCAGUUGUGGCCUCUGGUCUUCCCCACCCCCCCCUGGGAACUCGAGCACUUUACGGUGGGUGGGCUGAAGUUGAGGGGUGGGCUCCUCCAGCAGAAUCUGGUUUUGCCCUUUGUCUUCCUGCCAAACAGGGUUUGGCCCGGACUUCCCAGUGGGGGGCUGUGGGGGUCUUCCUCCCCUCCAUCCUGCAUCCAAGGCAGGCGCUGUGCGGGGAGGAAGGUCCGGGGCUCCUGAGGCAGUAAAGGACCAGAAGGAGGCCUGAUGUGUGUGGGACUCAUCUGCUGGCUGCUUCCCUGUGAAGAAAUGGGAGGAGGCGGCGGGAACCGGGCCCCCACCCCAGCUGUUCAGAGGCCACCGAGUUGGGAGAGGCCAGUGGGAAUCCCUGCUUCAUGUGGUCUCUCAGCCCCCAUCAGGUGCUGUUCAGAUCGACCUGCCUCAAAUUUUAUUCCAUGUGGAACUCAGUCCAAGUCUCUGGAGGGGUAGCUCACCUGUGUCCCCCUGACUUUUUAAGGCUUCAUCUCAGAAGGAACUAGGGAGGCUCCCCCCAUUUCUCUGUCUUUCCUCCUCUGUCCCCUUUAUCUCUUUGUUCCCUCAUCUGUGUCCCCACCUCCCCGUGUCUCCCUGCCCCCUCCCCCUUCUGUGUCUGCCACCGCAUCUCCUCCAGCCUGCUUGGGCUGCGGCCCAGCUGCCCUGCCUGGCCAUCCUCCCUGGCUCCCCCUCUGCGGCUCUGAGCUGGCCCCACCCCCUGCCCCCCCUCAGCCAGGCCUCUGAUCCGCCUGUGGACACAGAGGUCGGGCGCCCGGUACAAGGCCCCCGGGGCCCAGGACGCAUCACUGCCCCUCAGCACCCACAGAGGCCUCCCCGCGGCCCUAGCAGAGGAUCCCCCGGCGGAGGGCAUGGGGGUGGGCUGCCCCACCAGGUAUGUGCCUCCAUACAGAGACCCCAGGGGUGGGGGGGCUCCCGCACCUCCCCCCACACCCCUACCCUGCACCCUCCUUGCUUGGGCUCCUCUGCUCCACAUUCCCCAUCCUCACUGUUUCCCCCAGGAAGGUCCUUCCUCACCCUCGGUGACCAAGUCCAGCCCCCAAACAACCUCUCCCCCUGGUUGGGUGCCUCCGUCUCUGACCCUGUCUCCAUCUGCCUUCUGCUCCCUUGUCCCUGUCAUCGCGAGCCUCUCUCGCCCUUCUCUGUCCACAACUCCAGCUCCCUGUCGUCCCAUUUCCUGACACAUCAUCUCCCCUUCCCAACUUUUCCUAGUCAGCCUGUCUCUCCUGUCCCCUCCUGCCCCCUACCCACUCCCGCUGUGUCUCUAUCCCCUCUCUCUAGGUCUCUGACAACCCCCCCGCCCAGGUCUCUAUGCAUCCCACCACCACCUGGUCUCUGUCCCCCUCCCUCUGGAUCCCUGUACCCCAUGCGGGGUCUUUCCCUCUCUCUAGGUUCCCCAUCUCAGAACCCUUCCUGUCCACUCUGAGCCUCUGUCCCCUCACACCCUAGCCCCCCACUCUGUCGAUCUCUGCCCUUCAACCUGCUGUCCAGACCCUGUUGGUAGAUGGGGGAAAAGCAGGGGCGGGGGUGACACCCAGGGUCUCCGGAAGUGUGAAAGUGCUCCUUUUUGAGGGGGAGGGAGGUUGGGGCCUGGGGGUGGAGCUUCUUGGCCUCAGAUUAGACAGUGACUUUGACACCAAGUUGAUACACCUUAAGCCCCGUGUCUCCUUUAUAUGGAAACAUUAAGCUGCUCUGGCAGGUCAGGGGGAGGACUUGAGACUCUGGAUCCUUUUCCCUCCUGUCCUGCCUUCGCAGGGGCGGGGCGGGGGGAGGAGGCCUUGAACCCGUGUCCCAUCCACCCUCUGUGAGCUGGGCCAUGUUGGAUGCAGACAGGGCCCUCUGGAGGUGAAGAACCCCAUCAACUUUGUGAAAUGGACACAGCCGUUUCCGCCUCACCGGGCUGAAGUGGGGGGAUUGAUGAGGCAGAAGCCUGCAUUGGAAAGGCUCAGGACCCAAACCGGCACCCCGGCCUCAGCACUGCGUGGGUCUGGCCAGGUCUCCUACCCUGUUCCCCAGCCUGUGAAGUGGGGCAGUGAUCUUGACCUCCCAGUGUCCUGGACAGUCAAGGUGAGGUGAGCAGUGGGGUCUGGCGGAGUCCAGUGGGCGGGCUGCAGGCAUCCCCUGGGCCCGUACAAGGCCCAGGACUUAGUAGGUGCUCAGGAACCUGAUCAGGAACCCUGAUAAGGUUGUCCGUGGGUCGUCGCCCAGGCUCUGGCACCUGAGAAGCCUGGAUGGGUGCCUGAGACAAAGACCUCAGUGCCUCAGUUCACUUUUCUGUGAAAAACAGCCCUCCGCCCCACGCAUCCAAGGGUUGUGGUUAGAGAUGGGUGAGCGGGUAUGGAAGGACCCAGCCUGCGGACCACCUCCCCUACCCUGUUGGUGGCUCCUGAUGGGACCAGCACAUAGUGGGGACUUCUGGGGAAGAGAGGGCUGCAAAUGCAAAUACAGAGCUUGGAUUCAAACCUGGGCCCUUCAACCAUUAGCUUCAGUUAACCCCUUUCUGGAAGAAUGAUCUCCCAACUCCCAGGGUUGUUGAGGGUGAGAAAAGAGUCAAGGUUGGGGCACGGUGUCGGUGCUCAGCACGGUCAGGGCCAGUCCACUCUGAUCUGAGCUGCAACUUUGCAUCCUUAGAAUGCAACACGGCAAAGCUGUCCAGGUGCAGAGCUUAGUGAGGCGGGGAGGGUAAUGUGGGGACCCACUGAUGUUGAACUUAACGACUAACAGCCCUCUCAGUUUGAGCACCCCUGGCCCUGCCAAGAAGCCCAUGGGGAUCCCAGAGCUUGGUGCAGGGGCCACACAGUACAUGGGUGCUUGGUGAAUACUGAUGGGACUGACUGCCACAUAACUAAACUCUAGCCGCCUCUGCAGCUGCUGGGGUAGGGGGUUAUGAAGUCCCCGGGUCCAUGCAUUGUGCUUUCCCUCCUCUCUUCUCCACCCUGUUGAGCAGCCGAGAUUCUACUUCCCAGAGAAGGGAGCUGAGGUUCAGGCAGGGAUGGGACUUGCCACCAGUCCUACAGUUAGGAAGUGACAGAGCUCGGAUUCAACCCAGAACUGCCUGAUUCAAAAACCCAGGCUCUUUCCACAGACAAGUCUCCAGAAAAGGAAGCCAGUGGCCCCAGGGCACAUAGUGGGUCAGCCACUGAGCCAGGAUUGGGCCCUUGAUCUAAAUGGGAGACUUCCUGACCUUGAAGAAGUCCAAUUUCCCCCCUUUUACAGUUGAAGAAACUACUUAGAUUUGCCUAAGAUCUGAGGGUCAGGGCUGAGCUUGGGUUUUGUUUUGGUUUGGUUUUUUGUGGGGUUUUGUUUUGUUUUGUUUUGUU